CUACUAUGUUACACCGACUUUAUUUUAUUUUGUUUUAAACAUGUGAAUAAUAAUAUCUUAUUUAAUGAAUAAAAAUAAAGGCAAUUCAAUUAAACGGCGUUUAUUUAUCUUCAGGUAGAAAGAAUAGUGCAAUCAAAAGGCAGUCGAUCAUAGUUGUUUACUGUGAACCGAAAAUGUGAAUAUUUUUCAAGAAGCAAGUCGGAAAAUGGGGAAACUUGAAGGGGAUUGAUUGCAAUAAACUCUUUAUUUAUUAUUUUUAUUAUUGUUAUUAUCAUCCAUGUACAUCUACAGCUAAGGAGGUCAAUGUGAAAAUGAAGAAAAUCAAUGCAAUCAUUUUUUUAAUACAGAUUUGCUGGCUCAAUUUAAUUUGCCUGCUGUUAUUAAUUUUUUUAAUAAUUUUGGUGGAAGCAUGAAGGUAGGUAGUUUGGAUCUGAAUUAGUGAUGAGAAUGUUGUGUUCACAACUUCACAUGAUUGAGUACAGGAAGAAAGAGACGCAAAGACUGUAAAUUCAUCAGUUCAUUAGUACUACUACUUGCAACCAAAUCAAAGCAGCAUACAAUUAUCCAAAUCUCACAAUCAUAUCAAAACCAGCUGAUAAUUUUCAACUUGGACACAAAUUACCACAGAGAAUCUGUUGUGCCCGUCCUUCAAUUCUCGCAUGGAAAUGCUACAGUCGUUUGGAGAAAAGAAUGUGGAGGACUCCAUUGGGAUUGCUUUAAAUGAUCUGGAGUCAAUUGUCCGAGAUGCAAAGGAAGCAUCACUGUCGUACGUUGUGAAAGUGAAGUUUGAGUUGGGAAUUGCGAAGACUUUACGUCUGUGCAGAAAGAUGUGGGCCGGAGGAGAUCCGGUGCGCGCCGAGCCUGCGUUGCAUAUCAUGGAGGAGAUCAUCCUGGAACGUAGUCGCGAAAUUCAUUCGGCCUAUCUCACAAUGAGGCAAGAUGAGGAUUGGGAAACCCUUCUGCAGUAUGAGUACUCCGAUUCCCUGUAUGAGAUUGGGGAAGCAAUUAAAGAAGGAAUGGAAAUACCCUUUGAGAUUCUCUCUGAUGUCUUCUUAUUGCAACAGACUACUAGUUCUUCUUCUUCUCAUCGUCAUUUUGAAAUGGUGGAUCUCCUGAAUAUCAUCGAUUCCCUUCUUUACAUUGUUCCCUUGCUUCCUAAACGAAGUUUUAGUUCAUCUCUCCAUCCCCCUGGAAUUAUACCACCAACUAUAAGAUUCUUGAAGAACUUCAUUCUCUUUGCCUCGUCGUUCCAAGGAUUUGUGCUUGGGCAACUGGAAGAUGAUCUGUUCAUUCAAGUCGAAUGCUCAGUUGUCUAUUUCGCGUGUUUGGUUCUAGAAUUUGUGUUGGUGUCUUCGAACCAGUUUGAUUUUCACGAAUCCAUGAGGAGGAUUGAGCCUUUUGAGCCCCAUGUUUGCGAGAUUUAUGUUGGAGUCCUUCAGCAUGUUUUGGAAUUGUCAUUGCGGGAAUCCAUUCCUCAUGGACCUCAUCCCUCUCCAGAUACACUUGUGCUUCAAAACUUUAUUGAUUCUCUGCUCUUUCUUCUUUUGAAGCUUUUAUUCUUUGGUCCUACAAGUCAUUGGUAUACCUUUAACCACCAUAUCCGUAAACUGUACAAGGGAUUGGAAUUCUUGAAGAUCUCCCUGAGAGAGAAUCAUGGUUAUAAGGUUGGUGACCGGUAUUUGCCUUCUAUUUGUGAAGCAGGUACUAUUGUUUGCUAUCUUUUUGUCGAAAAAGGUGAUGGACGAGGAAUGGUCGAGAAUUUGGAGCUUCUUUUUUCAGCUUUUGAAGAAAAAAUUAAGCUUAUCAAGGGAGCAGAAGAGCAGCCGCCGAGAUACUCUUUAGCCUCAGCAUCCUGCUUUCCUCAAACCAAUUUGCCGGGCUUUAUUGAUUCCCUCUUGGAAAAAAUCAAGUCAGUCAAUGUAUAUGAGGCUAAUUCUUCAAUAAUUGUUUCUGGAGAGGAUGAGUUUCAGGCUAUCCAUAAUGAUCUCUCGUCUUUAAGAUCGUUUCUGGUUGAUGUUGUGCAGAAGACCCUAAAAAAUGGGCAGCUCAAAGCUCUCUGGGGUCGCGUUGCUGCGAUAGCCUAUGAGACAGAUUUUGCCAUUGACAGUGUGUUAGUUCAACGAGAUCUUCAGAGCUUUGUUAUAAUGCUUCAUACUAUUGUAGAAGAGGUCAACCUUAUUAAGGUUGAGAUCUCCGAAUGUUCACAUGGCGAAGGGAAGAUACUCGAAUUCCCGGGUAUUAUUACUAAAACUCAUAGUAAGCUGUCAUCAUCAAUCAGUAAGCUCCCAGAAUUCAGUGAACAUGCAGUGGGAUUGGAUGAUGAGACGCAAAACAUUGUUGAUCAACUCACAAGAGGAACGAAGCAGUUAGACAUUGUUUCUAUUGUGGGUAUGGCUGGGAUAGGGAAAACAACACUGGCCAAUAAAGUUUAUCGUCAUCACUCCAUCGUUCAUCACUUUUACGUACGUUCCUGGUGUAGAGUUUCUCAAGUAUACAACAAGAAAAAUUGCUUACUUGAGAUUUUAAGAGGUCUUGAUGAUGAAUCUGCUGACAAGUAUUUAGAAAUGAAUGAGCAUGAUUUGGCUCUUAAGCUCUACCGAAGCUUGAAGGGAAAAACAUAUCUUGUCAUCUUGGAUGACGUUUGGGAUGUUAAAGCAUGGAGUGACUUGCAAAAUUCUUUCCCUGAUGAUAUCAAGGGAAGUAGGAUUCUCCUGACUAGUCGACAUGAGAAUGUGGCUUUGCAAAUCAAGCGGCAAACUGACCCUCACCAUCUUCAAUUGCUCACAGAUGAUGAGAGUUGGGAACUGUUUAAGAUGAAAUUAGUCUUUCCUUCAGAGCUUCAUGAUAGUGGGAAGGCGAUAGUAAAACGUUGCAAGGGAUUGCCAUUGAUGAUUGUAGUUAUUGCUGGACUUUUAUCAAAGAUGGAGCCAAGUACAUGGGAAGAAGUCGAAGAAAGUCUAAAGAACGGCAAAGAUCAGUGCAUCGAUGCUAUAGCGAUGAGUUAUAGCCAUUUGCCUCCUCAUUUGAAACUAUGCUUUCUUUACUUUGCAGCAUAUGCAGAGGACCAAAAAUUUUCUGUUCGGGAAAUGAUAUGGUUGUGGAUAGCCGAAGGUUUCGUGGAGAAGAAUGGAAGAGAGUGCAUAGAGGAUGUUGCAGAGGGUUAUGUGAUAGAGUUAAUACAGAGAAACUUAGUUAUGGUUGCUGGAAAAGAGUUUGGAAGCAGGGUAAAAUUUUGCAUGCUCCAUGACCUGAUACACGAGUUCUGCUUGAAAAAAGCUAAUGAGGAACACUUCCUUCAUCAUUUACAUGGAAGUGAGCUUGAAAAUUCUAUUGAUCAAUGCACGCUCUAUCGGUUGCGUGUUUGUUCUAGUAAAGUGGAGGAUUUUAUAGAGUCAAGGCUGGAAUGUCCUCGUUUGCGCACUUUGUUCUUCCUAACAGAUUACAAUGAAAGGCUUCCAUUUUUACCACCUUGGUAUGGCAUCCUGUACAAGUUUUGCCAGUCCAAUUUCUUAGGAGUUUUGGACUUGACGGGAAUCUUUGAGUUCAAAUCCUUCCCUCUUGUAAUUCUACAACUUGUUCGCUUGAGGUACUUGGCCUUGUCAACAGGUGAUCACUGGGAAAUCCCGUUGUCGAUUGAGCAUCUCUCGAAUUUGGAGACAUUUAUUGUUCAAGGAGGAGAUGUAAGUGUUUUUCUGCCAAGCACUGUCUGGAAUUUGAAAAAAUUAAGGCAUUUGUGUAGGAUAUCACGAUCAGGGUGGGCGUGGGAAUUGUCAAUAGAGAAUCCUAAGUGUCUCUCCUAUUUAGAGAAUUUACAAGUUUUCUCCAAGGUUGAAUUUUCAUGUUACCAAACCAUGAAGGAAGUGAUCAAAAAGUCUCCCAAUAUCCGCAUACUUAAAUGCAGUCUCAUUCUAAGAGGAGAUAACACAAAGUGUACUGAGGAAUUCAAGAUUAUAGCACUAGAUUGUUUGAAUCAACUUGAAUCACUAUGGCUUAAAGAUUUGUUUCAGGCUAAGCUGGAUCUUCAUUUUCAGUUCCCUCAUAAUCUAAAGAAGCUGACUCUGAUAGGAUUUGGCCUUCCAUGGAGUAGAAUUGCAACAAUUGAUAGACUUCCUAAUCUGGAGGUUCUCAAGUUGGUAAGACGGGCAUUUGAAGGGCAAGAUUGGCACAUGGACGAGGAAGAAGAAGAAGAAGAAGACGGGACGUUCCCAAGACUCAGGUUUCUGAAAUUGGAAGACCUAGAUUUAGCAAGAUGGACGGGGUGCGAUGAUAAUUUCCCGUGUCUUGAGGUCUUAGUAUUGAAAGAUUGCGACGACUUGGUGGAGUUACCUUCCUGUUUGGCAACAAGUUCAACUCUUCUGAGGAUCGAGGUAACAGAUUGCAAGCAUGUCGCUGGUUCAAUAAGGGAAAUUCUAGAAAUGCAGAUGGAUUUGGGAAAUGAGGAUCUCAAGAUACUCAGGUUCUGCCAUCUUUUCAAAAUCAAGGAACUUUGUCGUCAUAUUUGUUUUGAAGCGGCAAUCCGCGAGAUUCCUGUAUUAAAACACCACUUUCGGGAUGUGAAGUGUUCGUUGGGAGUUAUGAGGACGAUUUUUCAGUACAGAAUGAUUUGGGACGAAGAUGCAGGAAACGAAUCUGCCCUGUGUACUAUGGCGGCCACCGUUCUCAAAUGUUCUCUGGAAAUUCAGUUACUCUACCUUACACUGGAGGAAGCUGGUAAUGAUCAUGCGAUUUCUGAAAAUCGAUGGAAUCGGUUCUCUGAGUUCUUACAAAAGAUUGUGGAAUCGAUUUGGCAAGGAAUGGAGGAAACCUUCGAUAUUGUCUCAGACGUGGUUCGGAAGAGGAAGACUAGUUCUUCUUCUCAUUCGGAAAUGGGGGAACUCCUGAACAUCAUCGAUGCCAUUCUUCACAUUCUGCCCAAAUUUGUUCCAAAUCACUUUGGCGCUUGUCAUGUUGAUUACGCAAUAGUAUCUGUAAAAUUCUUGAAAAAAUCCAUUCUCUUUGCCGCAUUUAAAGGACUUGAGCAUAGGCAAACGCAAGCUCUGUUGGUUCACAUUCAAGCCUCAGUUUUCGAUCUCGCCCGCUCCAUCUUUGCGGCGGAGCUUUUGGGGGAUCACUAUGAUCAUUUUUCCAAAUCGAUUGAAAGCAUUGACGCUUUUCUAUCCCAUGAUGUAUGUGACAUUUAUCUCGGAUAUCUGCAUGAAGUUCUAGAAUUGCCUCAAUCAUCUAUUCAUCAUCUCACUCCUGGGAGCAAUGCACUUGAGUCCUUGGUAGCCUUUGUUGGUUCCCUCCGCUCUUUUCUUUUCAGGAUAGCAUUCCAUUGUGAAUUCCAUUUGUACACCUUUGACCUCCAUAUUCGUAAACUGUGUGAGGGAUUGGAAUUCAUGAAGACCGCUCUAAGAGAGCAUCAAGAUAAGGUUGGUGACCACUAUGAGAAAAUGCCUGAUCUCAUCCCACCUCUUAUUUGUGAAGCAGGGGUUAUCAUUUUCAAUCUUAUUCGAGGAAACGAAGUUGAAGGAGGCAUGGUUAAAAAGCUGGAGCCACUUUUUUCAGAUUUUGAGGAAAAACUUGAGCUCAUCAUGGGACCAAAAGAAGUGGCAUCCGGGUACUCUUUGGACUCGCCAUCCUACUUUCCUCAAACAAACUUGCUUGGUUUAUGGAAUCCUUCUUGGAUAAGAUUCGGUCAGUCAAUUUUAAUGGGUCGGAUUCAGCAAUUGGCUUAG